AUGCCCAGCCUGCCUGGAAGACUCCGAAGAACUGACUGCACUGGAGUGUGCGUGGGGGCGCCGCAGACCCGGCCCCUGCAGGUAUCGGGGGCCAGCUGCCGCCAGGCAGGAGCGCGAGGAAGAGGCAACACUGACGCUCCCCGUCGGGAGCCCCAGGGCUCCGUGGGCCCAGCCCCGGCCAGGGGCGGACACCGUGUGCUCCCUUCACCUGACAGCAGCACUUCGGCCAAGGUGGCCCAGGUCCACCGAGCCCCAGAACUGCCAGGUCAGAGGCAGCCCGAGGAGCGGGGCGUGCUCGGCACCUCCCACCUGCUGCAGCACCCCACGGGCUGGGGCCGCCGAAACGGCUUCGCCUCAGAGAAUUUCCAGCAAAUGUUUGUGACUCCGUUGGGGGGCGGCGUGGAGGGCUCUGAGCAUGGCAGGGAGUGGACGGUUGCUGGGCGCAUCCUGGACCCCUCCGUCUCACUGCCUACCUCCAACCCCGCCUCCACAGGGAUCUGGAAUCCGGUGCUCCCAGCCACGGGGCCACCCCAGUGCCCGAGUCCCUCGACUCCCUCCUGCACCCUGUUCCUGCCUGUUUCCAAGUGCCUGGGGGAAGCCAGUGGGGAGAAGCUGCUGAACCCCAGGGUGGCCCCGAGGAGCCCCCAGUGGCUCCUGGAAGAGGAGGGCCAGCCAGACUCUAAGCCUACCUUGGUGGAGCCUGGACGCCGGAGGGCCCGGUUUUCAACUGCUGGUCAGAAGGGCUUUGAAGAGGACCCAGACUUGGGAGACAACCUGUGUCGGCACGGCUGUCCGUCCUGCCCCACGGUGGGCAGCAGCACAGAAAGCUCAGCCCAGCCCCGAGUGGACACAGCAAGAGGGAUGCUGCAGAGCAAGGCCUCUCCUCUCCCCUCCCAGGCUUCCUGUGUCCAGUACCGGCUAGUGGUCCGGGAUGCGAACACUCUUCAGAUCAUCCAGCUGUACACAUGCCUGGACCAGAUCCAGCACAUCGAGUGGUCGGCCGACUCGCUCUUCAUCUUGUGUGCCCUGUACAAGAGGGGGCUGGUCCAGGUGUGGUCUCUGGAGCAGCCAGAGUGGCACUGCAAGAUAGACGAGGGCUCGGCUGGGCUGGUGGCUUCCUGCUGGAGCCCGGACGGGCGCCACAUCCUCAACACGACGGAAUUUCACCUGCGGAUAACCGUCUGGUCCUUGUGCACGAAGUCUGUGUCCUACAUCAAGUACCCCAAAGCUUGUCAGCAGGGCCUGGCCUUCACCAGGGACGGCCGCUACCUGGCGCUGGCGGAGAGGCGGGACUGCCGGGACUACGUGAGCAUCUUCGUCUGCAGCGACUGGCAGCUUCUGCGGCACUUUGACACGGACACGCAGGACCUGGCGGGCAUCGAGUGGGCCCCCAACGGCUGCGUGCUGGCAGCCUGGGACAGCUGCCUGGAGUACAAGGUCCUGCUCUACUCCUUGGACGGCCGGCUCCUGUCCACCUACUGCGCUUACGAGUGGUCCCUGGGCAUCAAGUCCUUGGCCUGGAGCCCCAGCAGUCAGUUCCUGGCGGUCGGGAGCUACGACGGGAAGGUGCGCAUCCUCAACCACGUGACUUGGAAAAUGAUCACAGAGUUUGGGCAUCCUGCAACCAUUAAUAAUCCCAAAAUAGUGGUGUACAAGGAGGCGGAGAAGAGCCCCCCUCUGGGGCUGGGCCGCCUCGCCUUCCCGCCACCCAGAGCCGUGACUGGUCCCCUGUCAUCCCCAGAGAGCAAAUAUGAGAUCGCCGAGGUGCCCGUGUCCCUGCAGACGCUGAAGCCUGCUGCCGACAGAGCCAACCCCCGGAUUGGCGUCGGGGCGCUGGCCUUCAGUCCCGACAACUACUUCCUGGCGACGAGGAACGACAACCUCCCGAAUGCCGUCUGGGUCUGGGAUGUGCAGAAGCUGCGGCUGUUUGCGGUGCUGGAGCAGCUGUCUGCCGUGCGCGCCUUCCAGUGGGACCCACGGCAGCCCCGGCUGGCCAUCUGCACAGGGGGCAGCAAGGUGUACCUGUGGUCGCCGGCGGGCUGCGUGUCAGUGCAGGUGCCCGGGGAAGGUGACUUCCAGGUGCUCUCCCUGUGCUGGCACUUAAGCGGGGACUCUCUGGCCCUCCUCGGUAAGGACCAUUUCUGCCUGUGCUUCCUGGAGACAGAGGAGGGGGUCAGCACCGCCUUCGGGCAGCGGGGCGACCACACGUAGGGCCCUGCGUGGACAGGCCCGUGUGGGUGGCGGUGGGAACCAUGAGAAAGGACCGUGGCUUCUCGUGGUUUCUCAUGGCUCCUCAGGUCCAGAGGAAGUGAUUUGCUCUUAUUGUUUAUAGCAAGGCAUUUUUGUACAUAUGUAUGGUAUUAUUUAAAUACGUAUUUGCUAUUUCAUAAAA